AUGUUCUCCAAGAAACACGACAUGUUUCGCAUCCCCGGAUCUGGAGGACACCUCAUCGGUUCAUGGGAUCCCUGCAAAGACAGCAAUAACCCCAACUUGCAGAGCUUGCGGUUUCAAAACCUUCCCAGGCUGCCGACGGCCACGCGAGAGCUUCUGGAUUCGUGCUGCACGAGCGAACACUUGGUGGAGUCAAGAACAACCGGUGAGACUUUCUUGGUUAAGUUGUACGAGAAGACCACCGAGAUCGUCGAAGGUGUUGCCAGAAUGAAAACAGAACGUUUGAUGGUGUUCAGGCUUGACGAUGAAGGUAACGCCGUUUACACUCAAGACAUCGGAGAUCUCUGCAUUUUCAUCUCCAAGAAUGAACCUUUCUGUGUCCCUGCUAGCUCCUUCCCUGGCAUGCUCUCUAACAGCGUCAAAGUUGUGGAUUCCUACGAAUACGCAACUGUUCUUCUGGAUGAUCUGAACAUCGUAAGUGGCACUAUGAGAUACCCGGCCCCUUACCAUAUUCCACCUCAAAAUAUGGACUAG